GGGAGUGAGUGUGAGUGCGGGGUAGGGUGGUGGCCGUUACGUUCGGGGCAACGGCUACGGCAGUGGAGAAGUAAGAAGAGAAACAACGUCCGGCGCUUCCACCUUUCCUUAGGACGUGGCGGAGCUGGUAGGGAAGGGGAAGUGUUCGCCCGGGGCCUGGACUAGACCGAGUGGACCGGCGGGGGUCUGGGCUAUGAGCCUUUGAGGGUCGCUUGGGACGCGGAGAGAGACCCGAGAGCCGAGCGCGAUGUCUCAGCCGCCGCCUCCGCCUCCGCUGCCGCCGCCGCCGCCGCCUCCUGAGGCUCCUCAGACUCCGCCACCGCUGGCGGCGGCGGCGGCGGCCGCUCCGGGUGGGCUCUCGAAGCGACGAGACCGGAGAAUCCUCUCCGGGAGCUGCCCGGACCCCAAGUGCCAGGCGCGGCUGUUCUUCCCGGCCUCCGGUUCUGUUAGCAUCGAGUGUACCGAGUGCGGACAGCGGCACGAGCAGCAACAGCUGCUGGGGGUGGAGGAGGUGACCGACCCGGACGUCGUACUACACAACCUGCUCCGGAACGCGCUGCUCGGGGUGACGGGCGCACCCAAGAAGAACACGGAACUGGUCAAGGUGAUGGGCCUUUCCAACUACCACUGCAAAUUGUUGUCGCCCAUAUUGGCUCGCUACGGCAUGGACAAACAGACAGGGCGGGCCAAGCUCCUCCGGGACAUGAACCAGGGCGAGCUGUUCGAUUGCGCUCUGCUGGGUGACCGCGCAUUCCUCAUCGAACCCGAGCACGUUAACACGGUGGGCUAUGGCAAGGACCGCUCGGGCAGCCUCCUCUAUUUGCACGACACCCUGGAGGAUAUCAAACGGGCCAACAAAAGCCAAGAAUGCCUGAUCCCAGUGCAUGUGGACGGGGAUGGACAUUGCCUAGUGCAUGCAGUGUCCCGGGCGCUAGUGGGCCGAGAGCUCUUCUGGCAUGCCUUACGAGAGAACCUGAAACAGCACUUCCAGCAGCACCUGGCCCAGUACCAAGCCCUGUUCCACGACUUCAUUGAUGCUGCUGAGUGGGAGGACAUUAUCAAUGAGUGUGACCCUCUUUUUGUACCUCCCGAGGGUGUUCCCUUGGGCCUGAGGAACAUCCACAUAUUUGGCCUUGCCAACGUGUUACAUCGUCCCAUUAUUCUGCUAGAUUCUCUCAGUGGGAUGAGAAGCUCUGGUGAUUAUUCAGCCACUUUUCUGCCUGGACUCGUCCCUGCGGAGAAAUGUACUGGGAAGGAUGGUCAUUUGAACAAACCGAUCUGUAUUGCAUGGAGCAGCUCCGGUAGGAACCACUAUAUCCCCCUGGUAGGCAUCAAAGGGGCUGCUUUGCCCAAACUGCCAAUGAAUUUGCUUCCAAAAGCAUGGGGUGUGCCUCAGGACUUAAUUAAAAAGUAUAUCAAACUUGAGGAGGAUGGCGGUUGUGUUAUUGGAGGAGACAGAAGUUUGCAGGAUAAAUACUUACUUAGGCUUGUUGCUGCUAUGGAAGAAGUCUUUAUGGACAAACAUGGUAUUCAUCCUAGUUUGGUUGCUGAUGUCCAUCAGUAUUUCUACAGGAGGACUGGAGUGAUCGGAGUUCAGCCUGAAGAAGUCACAGCAGCUGCUAAAAAAGCAGUCAUGGAUAAUCGUCUUCAUAAAUGUUUGCUCUGUGGUGCCCUUUCUGAACUUCAUGUUCCUCCAGAGUGGCUGGUUCCAGGAGGGAAACUGUAUAACCUCGCAAAAAGUACCCAUGGACAGCUGAGACCUGACAAAAAUUAUAGCUUUCCCUUGAACAAUUUGGUUUGCUCUUAUGAUUCAGUGAAAGAUGUCCUGAUACCGGACUAUGGAUUGAGUAACCUCACAGCUUGUAAUUGGUGUCAUGGCACAUCAGUGCGAAGGGUGAGAGGAGAUGGGUCUAUUGUGUAUAUGGAUGGGGACAGAACUAAUACUAGGUCCACUGGUGGCAAGUGUGGUUGUGGGUUCAAACAUUUUUGGGAGGGUAAAGAGUAUGACAAUCUACCAGAAGCUUUCCCUAUUACUUUGGAAUGGGGUGGAAGAGUGGUCAGAGAAACAGUUUAUUGGUUCCAGUAUGAAAGUGAUUCUUCUUUGAAUAGUAAUGUUUAUGAUGUUGCAAUGAAACUUGUUACAAAGCACUUUCCAGGUGAAUUUGGGAGUGAAAUCCUUGUUCAGAAAGUUGUUCACACUAUACUGCAUCAGACUGCCAAAAAAAAUCCCGAUGAUUAUACUCCUGUAAAUAUAGAUGGUGCUCAUGCCCAAAGAGUUGGAGAUGGACAAGAGUUAGAGCCUCAGCUCCCAACUAAAAUUAUUCUUACUGGACAGAAAACAAAAACUUUGCACAAGGAGGAGUUAAACAUGAGUAAAACUGAAAGAACUAUUCAACAGAAUAUUACAGAACAGGCUUCUAUAAUGCAGAAACGGAAAACAGAGAAGUUAAAACAAGAACAAAAAGGCCAUCCCAGGACUGUAUCUCCAGGUGCCAUACGUGAUGGUCCAUCUUCUGCACCUGCUACCCCCACCAAAUCUCCCUAUUCACCAACCACUUCGAAGGAGAAGAAGAUCCGAAUUACAACUAAUGAUGGGCGACAGUCCAUGGUUACACUCAAGUCUUCCACAACCUUUUUUGAACUUCAGGAAAGUAUUGCCAGGGAAUUCAACAUUCCUCCAUAUUUACAGUGCAUUCGAUAUGGCUUCCCUCCUAAAGAGUUAAUGCCACCCCAGGCAGGAAUGGAAAAGGAGCCAGUUCCUUUACAGCAUGGUGACAGAAUUACAAUAGAGAUUCUAAAAAGUAAAGCAGAAGGUGGUCAGUCUGCCACUGCACACUCGGCCCACACUGUGAAACAAGAAGAUAUUGCUGUUACUAGUAAACUGGCAUCCAAGGAACUUCAGGAACAAGCUGACAAAGAAAUGUACUCCUUAUGUCUUCUAGCAACAUUAAUGGGAGAAGAUGUAUGGUCUUACGCAAAAGGGCUUCCGCACAUGUUCCAGCAAGGCGGUGUGUUCUACAACAUUAUGAAGAAAACCAUGGGUAUGGUUGAUGGCAAGCACUGUACUUUUCCACAUCUACCUGGCAAAACAUUUGUCUAUAAUGCAUCUGAAGAUAGACUGGAGUUGUGUGUGGAUGCUGCAGGACAUUUUCCCAUCGGUCCUGAUGUUGAAGAUUUAGUGAAGGAGGCUUUAAGUCAGGUUCGAGCAGAGGCUACUACAAGAAGUAGGGAGUCAAGUCCCUCACAUGGGCUGUUGAAACUAGGGAGUGGUGGAGUAGUGAAAAAGAAAUCUGAGCAAUUUCAUAAUGUAACUGCCUUUCAGGGAAAGGGGCAUUCUCUAGGAACUGCAUCCAGUAGCCCCCACCUUGAUCCAAGAGCUAGGGAAACUACAGUUGUGAGAAAGCAUAACACAGGGACUGACUUUAGUAGUUCUAUUAAAACAGAGCCUCCUGCAUACACCUCUGCUCCUAGUAACAGUGAGCUUAUUCGAAUAGCUCCUGGAGUAGUUACAAUGAGAGACAGUAGGCAGCUUGAUCCUGAUCUAAUUGAGGCCCAGCGAAAAAAGUUGCAGGAAAUGGUUUCUUCUAUUCAGGCUUCAAUGGACAAGCACAUGCGGGAUCAAAGUACAGAACAGGCACCAUCUGAUCUUCCUCAAAGGAAAGUAGAUGUCAGCUCUUCUGUGAAGUCUGGAAGUCUUCAGCCUGGUUUGCCUGAAUCUUUCUCUUUAACUGGUGGCACUGAAAAUUUGAAUACAGAAACAACUGAUAGCUGUGUGGCAGCAGCACUAGGAUCAGCAUUCGCCACAAGAUCAAAAGCACAAAAGGGAAAUUCUGUGGAGGAACCCGAAGAGAUGGAUAGUCAAGACGCUGAGAUGACAAACACAACUGAGCCAAUGGAUCACUCUUGAUUAAAUUUGAGGCUAAUAAAGGCAGAGUGUUUAUUGUGAAUAUGUAAUAUUUGUUGGCUGGGCCACAUACUUGAUUAGUCAUUAAAAAUCUUGUACCGUAUAUAAUUCAAAGAUUAUAUCUUGUUAUUCAGUGCAUGAUAGCAAGUGUGUGAUUGGCAAUAGCUUUUUUAAUAUACUGCUGCCCGGGCUGGCUCUGAAGUCUUACCAAUUAGUUACUAGGUUUGCUAAAGUGAAAUUUCUUCCAUAUAUAUAUAGUUCAUUGGAAGUUCUUUGUAAUUUUAGUUCUCUGAAAGUCUUAAUGUUUCAAAUAUGAAAAUUUUCUUGCUAAAUAUGUUUGAUUUAUUGAAAAGGCUAGAGCUGGGGGAGAAACGAGAUUUUUGCUAAUGUUGAUGUCAUCAAUGUAACCAUCCCACAUAUUUACUAAAAUGUUAAAUGAUUUUUCAACUUGAAGGUUAUCGGAACUAAAUUGGACCUAAAUUUUUUUUAAAAUGAGUUAUCAGACACUAGGAUCCUUACUUUUUCAUGAUAGUAGACACAUGUAUAGAAAUAUGUUUUCUUGGUGAAAAAGCUUGAGAACAGAGUGCAAUGAUAAAAUACUUUGUUGAUUUGAGCAAGAUUAGAGGAAAUAUAUCUACUACAGUGAUAACGUCAAUGUGAUUUAGUUAUGUUGCUCUCUACGCCAACAAAGCCAGUUGUGUGCUCUGUUGUUGAUAUAUGUUACCAUUAUUUUUUUUAAUCCUGGUCUGGUCUUGAACCAAGGAAUUAUUUUCUUUAAUCUUGCAGAAAAAUUGCAAAAUGUGAUAGAAAAUUAAAAGAUAAUGGUAGCAAUAGUUAAUCUCUAAUUUCCAAAGCUUGUCAGAUUCAGAAAGAAUUUAUAUAUAAAAAUUUAUCUUUUUUGAAUAAGUUACAUUGUUCUAUAACUUGAUCAGUGGUAUUUAAGCUUGUAUAUGCUAAGUGUCUUUGGGCCCCUUUGAACCAAAACUGUUUCCUUUUUCUCCUUAUUCCAUAAGAUUUUCCUUAAUUGUUGGGAUCACUUGAAUUUUGAUGCAAAUUUUACUGCACAUACCCUGAUCAGCUGGGCAUUUGCUUAAAUAGUGUAUUCAUCCCAUUUUUAAUGCCAGUUUACUCAAGAAGCAGCUUUUGUUCUUUUUCCUUAAAGAUGAAGAAUAUUUAUCCUGAGAUUGGUAUUGCACUAUUUUAUCGUAUUCUGAAAAUUUGUAAUUUCAAAUGUACAGUUCAGUCCACCUUUUCCCUCUGUUCACUAAAAUUAAGUUGAAUUUGAAUGGAUGAAAGAUAAAAUGUAUGUUAAUACAAUCUCUUAUGUAUAGCACUCAAAGCCUGGCUGUCUCUGAUUGCACAUGUAAUAGUUGCAGAACCUGUAGCAGAUGCAGAACUGUAUUUGCAUUCUACGAAAAUGUACAUCAGAAAGUAUGUUUUUAUUAGGUGUUUAUAAAUUGCAACCUGUUGAUUCAGAAGGAGUAUGAAAAGUACUGUUACACUUGUAUUUCUAAGGAAGGGCGAUUUCUAUUUUCUUUCUAUGAAAAUAUCUGUAACUGUAACAUUUAUUAAAAUAACUAGUACAUUUUGAAUAAGGAAAGACUAGAGAAUCUAGACACUUUGCAAGUGAUAUUGAGCAAGAUAUGUAGUUGGGUUAGUUUUAUCACAUCACAUUUUAAGCCAUAUUUUAUCUCCAUUCUUCUAAAUUUACUUUCAGGUAUCUUUAUAUUAAAAAAAUAGGAAAUUUUAGAACUUCUAUAUUGUACCUUAGAACUGCAGCUGCCAAAUAAUACUUCCCAUUUAAAUUAGCAUAGGUAGUUUCUGUGUGUUAACUAAAAAUUAAAAAUAUCACUAACCACUAAAUUAUUCUUGGCUUUUUCAGCCACUUUUAUUUUUUUAAGCUUAAAUGAAGGAGAACUUUCAUAAAUGAAUGCAAUGCUUUGCUUCCAGAUAAAUGAUAUGAUCACCUUUUUUAAACAAAUAUUUUCUUCACCUGUGGCUUGGUAUGUUUGGUUAAUAAUUGAUAAAUAUACGCACCGCAUAAAACAAAAAUAUCAGAAACAAGUUAUUUUCCUAUGAUGUUAAGUAUUUGCAUUUAGUCAAAUUAUAAUGCACCUAGAACAUUUAAACGAUGGACUUAAACUUUGACAGUAUAACUUCUCUUGCCACAGCAAUGCCUCUAAGAAGCCAGUUAGAUAUAAAUUUUACAAUAGCAGUUUGGGUUCUCCUUUGAUGAGGAAUUAAAGGAUUGACUCUGGGAAAUAGUUUUAAAUUAAAAUUAUUUAAGAUCAGCUGAAAUUUGGCUAGGGUAACUAGUGGUUUAUGAGAAGUGGACCAGGUAAUAUCUUCAGAAAGAAGCUUUAGAAUAAAAUUUAAGUUGUUAAAUACUGUUCUCUGUCCUUCCACUUAUCAGAAUCAAAUACCUGACUAUAGGAUAAUUAUUUUUGGUACUAUCACUUGUGGUUAUAACAACUUUGAAUCCAAACUAGUUAUCAGUUAAAAUUUUUUUUUAGUCUUAGCAAUAACAUAAUUCAGUUUUAUUAUUCAGUUAUAUUUACAGUACUUGAAAAUUGAAUAAAAAUUAUAAACUUUUUUUACUAAUCUAUUUUAAAAUUAAUCUUACCAAGUUUGAGUUGAUGACCCAACACUGGGUAGACUUAAGAUGGUGUAUAUCUGUAAUACAAGCAAAGUAAAACUGGUUGGAAUUGUUGAAAAUAAGACACUGCCAAAUACUAUGAACCAAAAUAUAACUAAUUUGAAGGGACUGGUUAUUCAGGACCUAGUUAAAGAGUACACCUAGGGGUCAGAGAGAUAGUACAGAGGGUAAGGUGCUUGCCUUGCAUGUAGCCAACCUAGGUUUAAUUCCCCAGCACUGUAUAUUGUCUCCUAGCCCCAUCAACAGUGAUGCCUGAGCACUGCCAGGUGUGACCCAAAAACCAAAAAAAAGUAAAACAAAAAAAAAAAAUAAGAGCAAGCCUAAAAUCAUUCCUUCUGCCCCUUUUGUACGUUUUCAUUUUGUUUCAGGUCUUUUAUUUGGAAAUGAGAUACUCAGCAAAUGCUUUUGACUGUGAAACUGCAUUAUUUUUUUCUAGUGAUAAUAGUGGUAUUUCAUUUGGUUUUUACAAUCAAGCCUAUUGCUUGCAUUUAAGAUAUCAAUCUAAAAUGCAUUUUGUUAUUGCUAGCCACAAGUCCAUAUUGCCAUAUUUAAAUAACUUCAUUGAAAAUAAGUCAGUUUUUACAUAUGGUCUCUUACCUCAGGGAAGAUCAUUUGCUAGUAACUCAUAUAUUUAAUGACAGGUUUUUGAAAUUGUACUAACAUCACAUGUUAGUAAAUACAAAAUUUAUAACAGUAUUAUUUUAUUUUAUGUAGUUACCUUCUAAUACCGGCUGCUAGUGAAUAUUUCACUUAAAUUUAGACCUCACUAACAACUAACCUCUAGGUAUAAAACUUGACUUUUGUCAUAGAUAGAAUUGACCAAUAUAAGAGACAAUGUUACAAAAUGUUUCAGAAUAUCAAUAUAAUUUUUGUCUUCAUUUUUCAACAGUCAUUUUAAUUGACAAAAUACUGAGAGCAGAUUUUGAGAGUUUCAUGGUUCUCGCAGUAAGUUUUCAUGUUAGGAUGUUCAUAAAAACCUUUGCAAAGUUGGAUUAAACUUCACUCAUUUAUUAUAAAUUUUAGAUGAUCUUUUAUAACAGUGCAAUAUAUACUCUAAGUUGGGUAGACAUAACACAUUUCAAGUUACAUAAUUUGACAGAACUACAGCCAAAAGUUUCUUCACAAUCUAUACAAUAAAUUUUAAAACCAGAACUGUUCACUUGAAAACAUACCAUAGUAGAAUGUUUACCUAAGAAAUAACAGGGAAGCUAUAGCACCAAUGUUAAGACUUAGAGUUAAUUGUAAGUUCUGCCAUUCUUAAUUCUUUGAGAUGCUAAGUGUUUCAAUAUUAAAUGAUACUAAAAUCGUGAAAAUUUUAAUGUGUUCCAAAAUAGAAAUUGUAAAAAUUGUGAAUUAUUGGAGAAAAUGCCAUUGUAUAUCUGACAUUUUUAAAAAUUAUGGAGUCUACAUGCUUUUGUAGUAUAAUAUUAUUACAAUGAUUAUUCUCUUGUACAAGAAAAGGAAAAUAGUAAAAAAAAAGUUCUAGUUGAUGCUAUCUGCUUGUGAGUAUCAAUUUCUUAGUAUUUUAAACUUUAAGAUACUGCAUUUUUAUUUAGAAUGCACAAGUCCCUGAGCCUUUAAGCCUGUGGUGGAGCAAUAAGAGACUGAAAAGUUUACUGAUAUUUUCAGGUUUAUUUGAUUUUAAGAAUUAGACCAAGAACUGGCAGUCUACUUUUUUGGAGGGAAAUGCUACUUAGAAUAUAUUAAAGAAAAAAGUAAUAGUGUAAAUAUUUAGAAAAAAUUUAAGUAGCAAGUGCUUGAACUGCUCAAUAAAAUAUAGUAUGGAUGUUACGUCAUUCCUAAGGCACUGGCUGGUACCCUUUAUUUUCUGAUUUUGUGAUUACUGUAUAUAUUUUUGAGUAAUAAUUGGUAAUAGUGUAUUAUAACAGUAUAUAGUGUUUCACAGCACACCUUACUGUACAGUAUUUGAAAUUUUUUUAUAUCAAAAAUAAAACUAAGUUAAUGCAUAUUGAUUUUCCCCUCAA